GAAGAAGCUGUUUACCUGUUUUAACAUGUUCGGUGCUUACUUCAAAGCAUCAGCUCUACCUAUCAUCUUAACCAAAAGCAAAAUACAUCAAGAGUGUUUUUUUUAUUUCUGUGGAUCUUUUUAAUAUACCUACAAAUUUGUGGUCACCUAUUAAUUAAUUUAAAUGGUUUUCUGAUGACCAGAAACAAUCAUGUAAAACCAUGUGUACCAUUUAGGAUUACCGGAUAACUUUACACAAUUUUAACUGUCUCAUAUAAUUGCGCUCAACCAUUUUGGUCCAGUUAUGAGACAUAAAUAUGGAUUUCAAAUAGAAACAUUUCUACACAUUUAGUUGAUUAUUCAAUGGACUGUGACCAGAAUUUUGUUUCACCAGCUUAAAUGAUUGUUUUGUUAAAUUUUACAUCAACCUAUUUUUAAAAAAGCGUCCUUUUCUCAAUGGAUUCAAUGUGAUUUGUGGUUUGAUUAUUUUUCCAAAGUGAUUUGGAUUACAAUAUGGGGACAAUCAAAAGACAAUCAACUCCAGUGUUACAAUCUUUUAUAUCAUCACCAACAUCAACAUCUUUGAGAUCUUUUAAAUCAUCACACUUUGCAUGUUCAUUAUUAUCAUCAAUGUUAUCAACUAGAUCAUAUUUAACAAUUUUACUGUGCCUUGUGUUGGUCAAUAAUCAAAUUCAACCAAUCCUUUGUGAACCCGAUCGAGACGGUAAACCAUGUCCCAAUCCAGCUGUACCUUUGUACGCACAAGUUAACCUUUCCGAUGAUCUUCAACCUGGCUCAAAAGCUACUUACACUUGUGAUGAUGGAUACGAAUUGUUUGGUCCAUCGGUUCGUACAUGUAACUUUGAUGGUAAAUGGACAGAGGACUUGCCUUAUUGUGCCGUUAAUGUAGCUUAUGGUAAACCAAGUGAUCAGUCAAGCACCAUUCGAGGCGGUGAAUCGCGCAACGCCAAUGAUGGUAACAUCGUUACAAUCCAUGAAAAUAGGUAUUGUACUGAAACUAAAAAUGAAAACUCGCCUUGGUGGCAAGUCGAUCUACUUCAACCCUACGAGAUUCGAGUUGUCCGUAUAAUAACCCGAGGUUGCUGCGGUCAUCAACCUUUACACGAUCUUGAAAUACGAGUGGGAAAUAGUUCAGUUGUCUCGGGAAAUCGUCUUUGUGCUUGGUAUCCAGGAACAUUAGAUGAUGGAGUUACCAAAGAUCUUGAAUGCGCUCAUCCAAUAAGUGGUCGUUAUGUUUAUAUCCAAAUGGUUGGCGUUGAAGCCUCACUAUCAUUGUGCGAGGUUCUUGUUUUUACAACCAAAGAGUUUUCCGAGGAUCGCUGUGGUACUCAAAUGGAGCAUCAACAGUUAAUCAGUUUCAAUCAAACUUGUUAUGAAUUUCAAACACAGCAAGGUGGCUCAUUUAAUGAUGCAGAAAAUUAUUGUAAAGCUCGUGGUGGGUUGGUCGUUAACUCGGUCGGCGAUGUGACGCAAAAUUUUCUCCAAUAUGAACUGCAACGGUUAAAGGCAAAGUUGAAAAGUCGCCUUGUUUGGUUAGGAGCAAAGCGUGAGAUACCCGCCAAUCAACCAGUAACCCAUCGAAGUAGAUCCAAUGUUUGGCGCUGGGUAAAUGGUGGAUUGAUAACACAAUUUUUAUGGGCCGAUGAUCAACCCAACAAUUACAAUGGACAGCAAAAUUGUAUUGUCCUGGAUGGUGGCCGUAAAUGGCAGUGGAACGAUGUUACUUGUGAUCUUGACUAUUUACCAUGGAUAUGUCAGUAUACACCUUCCAAUUGUGGAUCGCCCGAUAAGGCGGAAAACUCGACCAUUUUGGAGAAAGAUUAUCGAGUUGGCAGGGAAAUUCACUACAGAUGUCCCAUUGGACAUGUUGUUGUUGGCAAUGAAUCUCGUCACUGUGAAUCCAAUGGCUUUUGGUCUGGUAGUCCGCCAACCUGUAAAUAUGUUAAUUGUGGUGCAUUGAAUGAUAUUGAACAUGGUCGCGUUUUACUGGUUAAUCAAUCGCGGACUACUUUCAAUGCAACCGCUCGUUAUGUUUGUGAUCAAGAUUAUACCAUUGUUGGUAAUGAUUCACGGGUUUGUCUUGCCAAUGGUUCAUGGUCUGACACUGAACCUAAAUGUCUUUACAGCUGGUGUCCAGAGUUGCUGCCUAUUCCAAAUGGUAUCCUUAAUGUAACCAAUCGUACUCUUAACGGGGUUGCUUCCUACUCUUGUCUCAAGGGGCACAAGCUUUUAUCCAAUGGAACCCGGGUUUGUCAAAUUGGUGGCAAGUGGACCGGUGAAGAACCCAUUUGUAAAUAUAUUGAUUGUGGGAUGCCAUUGGACCUUAGAUUUGGUCGCUACUCUCUCCUCAACUCUAGUACAACUUAUGAAAGUCUCGUUAAAUAUGAAUGUAAUCCAAAUUAUAUUUUAACUGGCAACGAAACACGCCAAUGCACAGAACACGCAACUUGGUCUGGUGUUGAACCAGUUUGUAGGAUGAUAGACUGUGGUCCACCCGAGAUACCUUCUGGAGCUGAUUUAAUUGGUGAUACUUUCUCAAUUGAUUCCGUCAUUGAAUACCAAUGUAGACCGGGUCAUCUUAUGUCCAAUGGUGAAUCAAAACGAACAUGUGGAUCAGAUGGAAAGUGGACUGGAGUACCUCCGUCUUGUCGAUUCAUUGACUGUGGUAGAGUUACAACAAUUUUCAAGGGUGAAGUCAAAUAUCUUAAUGGCACAACAUCUCUUGGUUCACAAAUUUCCUACUCUUGUUCAAUUGGAUACCGAGUAAAAGGUUUCUCGGUCAGGGAAUGUGCAGUUGACGGUAAAUGGACAGGAUCAACACCGAAAUGUGAAGAGAUUAGAUGUCUUCCACCAGAGAAACCCAAAAACUCUUCUGUUGUAUAUUCAGGAAAUGAUAGGUCAACUUCAGAUUCAUUCAAGGUUGGCUCAACGGUACAAUAUCGCUGUGCUUCAGGUCACAUUGUUUCAGGUCAAUCAUUGAGAACAUGUGAAGCAGACGGUAGCUGGGAUGGUAGCCAACCAAUCUGUGUUUACAUUGAUUGUGGACUGCCUGGUUUCAUACCACAGGGUCGUUGGUUACUCUCAUCCAAUUCAACCCAUUAUGGCAGCACCGUCGAGUAUGAAUGCUCAUCCAAUUUCAGAUUGGAAGGUCCUGCUCGUCGUAUUUGCCUGGAAAACGGAACCUGGUCCAAUGUGGCGCCGCUUUGUUCACUGGUUAAUUGUGGAAAACCUCCGGUUAGAGACGAUAAAACAAUUGUCGAAGGUGGCUUCACUUUUGCAGUUGGUGAAAAGGUUUCCUAUUCGUGUGUCAAUGGUUAUGAACUUGUUGGAGAAGAGCAAAGGACCUGUGCUUCAGAUGGACUCUGGACAAAUGAUACCCCAUAUUGUCGAAUUGUUGACUGUGGUAAACCUCCUAUACCAGUUAACGGACGUGGAGUCUUAUUGAAUGGAUCAACUACUUAUGGAAGUCUUGUUGAAUAUCACUGUUUACCCGAUUUCAAGACUAUUGGCGAAGAAACUCGUCGAUGUAUGUCCUCUGGAGUCUGGUCUGGAUCACUGCCACGCUGUUUCGAUCGUAAAUUAAUGGACAUGGAAAAGAAUGAAGUUGAUGGCGAUUUUGAUCUCUCAACCUCUUCAUUUACCAAUCAUUCACCCAUUUAUCAAUCUUCCAAAGCCAUUGGAAUCGGCAUCAGUGUCGCCAUUGGUGUUAUACUAGUUUUAAUUAUUACAAUUACAAUAGUUUGCCUUAAAACUAAAAAACCAAAGCCUGUAAAAAAUACUGAAAAUGUUGAGAUAACUCGUCCCCCGGACAAAGAUACUGCAACCGUGAUGUCUUAUUCACGAUUAAGUCUGGAAUCUGAAGCAGCAGCAGCCGCAAGUUUGCCUGCUUCUGGUCCAAUUCGUCAUCAUCCGAAUGGUUUGGUGACUUUUAGCGCCCCUUCAGCCAAUUCAACGGCAAACAAUCAUCCAAAUAACCAGCCCAUCUACGCCAAUACAAAUGGCUAUAGAGCAGCAAGUAAUCCAGGAAGCACGGUUUCGGUUGCUGUUCGAAACUCUCAUGGUCUCUCUAAUGGUACAACAACUCCAAGAUUUAUGGCUGCCGCCGCAAAUCGUAAUGGUAACAAUAAUAGUGCUACAUUAGAAGUGUAACUGUGAUUAUUUUUUUCUUCAAAAAUCGAGACACUAUUUUUUUACAAAACUGCUCGUCCGUUCCACACAUCUCAAAGAUAACCACAAAAAUCAAUAUCAUGGUAAAACCAUCUAAAAGCCGACCAAGAGUGACUCCAAUCAAUUUUCAACUCGAAAAAUUUACAGCAACGGCAAUACUUUUACCAGCCCAAUUUUGGCACCAAUGGACUACCUUAAUUUUUUUGCUCAAGUCCUUUCAAAUCAUUCAAUCAAUCACUUGAAUAUGCCGCUACAACCAUCCAACUGUUGCUGACUGUGUUCACAUUUGUAUUUAAAUUUGAAUAGUUAUAUUUUUAAAUCACAACGUUUUUUUCAUGCGUAAUUGUAAUUAAUUAUUUGGUAUAUUAAAUCUGUUUCUUGUAUACCUGGAGCUUGAAAAGUGAUUCAUGGUUGGAUUUAAAUUCAAUGACUUGCAAUUUAAUCACAACUCAACUCGUUCAUUAUCAUGCAUCUUAAAGUUGACCAAUUGCAAGGGAUGAUUGGAUCUGUUAAGCCCAAAUUGAUUGGAAGUAAUUUGAUUAGGCAAGCCGAUAACCUGAUAUAAAACAUGCGAUUGUGACCGUCAAGUUCACCUAAAAUAUUGUGAAAUUUGGUGCGAGAUAUCAAGCAAGCUCCAAUCGGUUUGCGAUAAGAUUCCCAUCAAUCAAAAAAAUUUAGUGAAUCAACUUUAUUCAUAGUCAUUUGUCAUCAUCAUUUCAUCAUUUUUCUCUCCAUCAUAUUCAUCUUCGUCAUCUCAUUCUCAUCAACUAUUGUUGAACCCGUUUUUUGUGUUAAAUUUUAUCGGGUGAACAAUUAAAAAAUAUUCAUCUGUUAAUACACUAGAUUUUAAAUUGUCCUCAUACUUUUGUCAUUAAAUAAAUUGUUCACCGUUUUUUA